GGUGCAAUUGCCCAACCAUGGGAGAUGCCCUAAAUGACCGAAUAAUGAUCUAAAAACCCCUAAAUCUAUCUUCCACGCGUUCCACCAUUCAAUUCCGGCCUCUUUUGACGUUACUUUUUGGCCGCAGUCAUUUUCAAAUGAGUCAAUUUCUCUGUUUUUUUUUAAUGAUUUUCUGAAUUUUGUUUGUAAUGCCGCUGAAUUGUCGCCUGAUACCGCUACUGACGUAGCUGGGUUCACAGGCGAAAUUGUGCUUCAGGCAAUUAUGAAAGUUGAUUCCGGGAUUUCUCGGAUAUUUUUGAACGCACUGUGUUUGAAUUUUCCUAGGAUUUUAGCUUCCGAUGGAGAUAGAUUGGUUUCGGCCCUCCUUGUUCGCUAUGAAAUUGCUGUCCCAAAUUCGGUGCGUGAGAGGAUUUCAAAUACCCCUGAUGCGGUUUCAGCUCAGAGCUCUUCUCUGAAUGUGAAUAAUUAUCAGCCGCCUGCUAAUGAAGCCAGCAUUGCCUCAGCUGUCUCGGCAAACAAUGGGGGCAGCAUUACGUGGAAGAGCAGUGUGGAUUUACUGGACGGGAGCAUUGUGUUCAAUGAUAGAGGGGAAAAGAAAGACUUAACUUCUUUUCAGGAGGACUCAGUGGAAAUCCUUGAAAGACAAGAGCUUGUUUUUAAGUUAAUAGGACACAUAUUGGAUAAAGUGGCCCAUUGAUCCCAAGCUUUUGGAGCAAAUAAGAGUUUUAGUCAAGGAACAACUCCAAUCAAUGCGGGCGUUUUUAAAGAUAAAGAAGCGUGAUUGGACUGAGCAAGGACAGUUACUGAAAGACAAGAUUAAUAUAAAGCUAUCUGUUUACCAAGCGUCAGCAAGGUUGCUAAUUAAGACUCUUGCAUCGCUUGACACGGAAUCAAAGUCAUCAAAGAGAUUGUGGCUUGGAGCCCUUGCAUUGUUGAUCGAGGCUGCUGAGGCAUGCUUGUUCUCAGUGUGGCGGAAAUUAAGCGCUUUUGAAGAGCUGUUUGGCUCAUUGCUUGUUGGGAUUUCUCAAGCUUCUGUUACACGUGGUGGUCAGCUGCUGCGGCUUCUACUUAUUCACUUUAAACGCCCUUGUACUUGUUACUUGCGGUCAGGUACAUUCUUGCUUGUUCUCAGUGUGGCGGAAAUUAAGCGCUUGUGAAGAGCUGUUUGGCUCAUUGCUUGUUGGGAUUUCUCAAGCUGCUGUUACACGUGGUGGUCAGUUGCUGCGGCUUCUACUUAUUCACUUUAAACGCCUUGUACUUGUUACUUGCGCUCAGGCUGAUACUUCGGCCAGCAGUCAGGGAGCUAUGUUCGAAAGCGUCUUAAAAACAUGUUGUGAUAUAGUUGAUUUUGGAUGGACAAAAGACCGAUCUCCAGUGGACACUUUUAUUAUGGGAUUAGCUACUAGUAUUCGUGAAAGAAAUGAUUAUGAGGAAGAGAUACCAAUCGUAGUAUCCUUCAGGCCGUUCUACAUCUUAGUUUGGGCUGGAGAACAUGGUUCAUCUACCUGAUGAGAAAGAGAAGCGAGAUAGAGAAGCGAGCAGCUCCAGCUGUGCAACUGAAUGUCAUACACUUGCUAGCUGAGUUGAAUGUUGCUGUUAGCAAGCCUGAAGAGGUUGACAUGAUAUUGCCCCUAUUUAUUGAAAGUCUAGAAGUGGGUUGUGCCCAAUACAUGAAGCAGGAGACAGAUGGGUGAGACUAAUGAUAGUGGCUUAUACGAGAUUUUUCAACAAGACUUUGGGCCUGUUGGUUCGCCCAGCUUUGAAGCUGCUUGUGAGAACUUCCUCAUUAGCAGUGCUGGUUAUGCAGUUUCCAGCCUCUUGCUUCAACCAAAGGAUAGACAUAACUGGAAUCUUUUGUUUGACAGUGUGGGGAGGCUUGUUCAUAUUGAUUUUGGUUUUAUACUGGAAACUUCACCUGGCAACAAUAUGCGAUUUGAAAGUGCCCACUUUAAACUGAGUCGUGAGAUGACUCAAUUACUCGACCCAUCUGGAGUAAUGAAAAGUGACACAUGGUACCAAUUUGUAAGCUUGUGCGUGAAGGGUUUUCUUGCUGCAGGCCGCUAUAUGGAUGGUAUCAUAAACACAGUGUUAAUGAUGCUAGAUAGUGUGUUACCUUUCUUCAGCAGGGGCGACCCAAUUGGAAAUCUUCGGAAGAGAUUUCAUCCUGAAAUGAGCGAGCGAGAGGCAACCAAUUUUAGGAUCCGCAUCUGCACUGAUGCAUACAAUAAGUGGACAAAUGCUGGUUAUGAUUUGAUUCAGUAUUUGCAACAGGGCAUUGAAAAAUGAGAUACUAUCUGCCUUGGACGUGCACUUUGAUUUCUUGCAAGCUUUUGUUCUCUUCUGUUUUCUUAGUUUGGAAGCAAAAAAGGAACAGAUUCUAUUCUCAUUUUCUUUUCUGGUGGAGGGAUUCCUUUCGGUUGUAAAGAUAUAGGCAGUAGCUCGAUUUUGUCAAUGAAAAUGACUUUUACUAUGCAAAAUUUUUUUGUUGUUGUUGCCCGAAAUAUUUAAAAUUACUCAUUAGCUUGGUAUCUUUGCCUUGUGGGUUCUUCAGUUUCACCAAUAUUUCAUAUAAUUUCAUUGUUUUACAUGUUGCACUUGCAAA